GGUAUUGGAAUGAUCGCCACCGGUUUUAUUAUUCGCGAGAAAUUCGACGAAUUUGAUGAAUUCUUUGAUUUCACGCCAUAUGCGGUAGCGAUGACCGUUCUUGGCUUUGGCGUUUUUCUGAUCGCAUUUUUGGGCUGCUAUGGUGCAAUCAAAGAGAAUACAACCGUUCUAUUGGCAUAUUCCAGUAUUAUGAUUGUAAUUGUUUUCAUUGAAAUCUGCGUUGUGAUUGCGGCUUUUAUAAAACGAAGUGAUUUGGAGGAUGUUGUUGAAAAAAGACUCUUCGAUACCCUUCGAAAUUCCAGUGAGAAUCCGGUCUACUUUGCUUCUUGGCAUUUUCUCCAAACUGAACUAAACUGCUGCGGCGUAUUCAGCAAGAAUGACUGGAAUGGUAUUUUACCAUCUAACGUAAUACCCGGAUCUUGUUGCCAGCGAAGCAUCGAUGAUGAGACAUGUACUCUAGAGGAAGCAACCGGAACUGCAUGCAAAACUGUUUUCAUUCAAUUAUUAAACAAGAAUUUGAUCACAGUAGCCCUUUUUGCACUAGUUGUUGCAUUGCUUCAGAUGUUUGCAAUUGUAUUCAGCUGCUGUUUGUAUUUGGUAUACCGACGACGUCCACAAGCGACAAAGUACUCUCAAUCAUCUUCGCAGAAUUUGUAAGACAAAAAACAAACCAAUUAUGCACAUUUUCAUUUAUUUUCCUCAAAACUCAAUUCACUCCAG